AUGGCUUCCAAAGAGGCCAAGAUAUCCUUGAAGGCGCCCAAGGGUACACGCGACUGGUCGGGCGCAGACCUUCUCCUGCGAGAUCAUGUCUUUGAGACCAUUAGCAACAUAUUCAAACUCCACGGCGGUACUCCCCUCGACACCCCCGUAUUCGAAUUAAAGGAAAUUCUAGCUGGCAAAUAUGGCGAGGAGGCCCGUCUGAUAUAUAACCUCGAAGAUCAGGGCGGCGAGCUAUGCGCCCUACGUUACGAUCUUACAGUACCUUUUGCCCGUUGGUUAGCCAUGAACAAUGUUCAGCAGAUCAAGCGUUACCAGAUCGCCAAGGUCUACCGUCGCGACCAGCCGGCCAUCGCCCGAGGCAGGAUGCGCGAGUUCUACCAAUGCGACUUCGACAUCGCUGGAGCCUACGACCCCAUAAUCCCCGACGCCGAGAUCCUACGUGUUAUCGUCGAAACCUUCAAUGCUCUCGGGCUUGACAUUACCAUCAAGACCAACCACAGACGAAUUUUAGACGGCAUAUUUUCCGUCGCAGGUGUUCCUGCAGACAAGAUACGUCCAAUUAGCUCGGCGGUAGAUAAGUUGGACAAGGAACCGUGGGACGUCGUUAAGAAGGAGAUGGUUGAGCAAAAGGGUCUCCCUGAGGAGGUUGCCGACAAAAUUGGAGUGUUCGUACUGAACCGCGGCACAAUUGACGAGAUGAUAGAGUUUAUUAAGGCCGACUCGAAUCUUUCGGCUAACGAGGAGAUAAAAGCUGGACUUUCCGAUAUGGAUCUCUUAUCUUCUUAUUCUAAAGCACUAGGCACCUUCGAUAAUGUCUCGUUCGAUCUAUCGCUUGCGCGAGGUCUGGAUUACUACACAGGACUGAUCUUCGAGGUUAUUCAAAAACCCGCCGACACAAAAGAUAAGGACGGCACACGGUAUCCGGGGAAGUCGUCUAAAAAUGCAGAUGCUUCCGCCGUCGGUAGCAUUGCUGCAGGUGGUCGAUACGACAACCUUGUUGGCAUGUACGGCAAGAAGCAGAUCCCCUGCGUUGGAAUCUCAUUUGGUGUUGACCGAAUCUUCACUAUCCUCAAAGCGCGCGGCGAGAAUGAAGGCCGCUCGCGCCAGGUCGAUGUAUACGUCAUGGCCUUCGGUGGCAAGGAGUUCAACGGCCUACUACUAGAGCGUAUGUCGAUCGCGCGACAGUUAUGGGAAGCCGGCAUUCGCGCUGAAUUCAGCGCCAAGGUCAAGCCCCGUCUACCGCAACAGUUCAAGGCCGCCGAGGAGGUGCCGCUUGGCAUUAUCCUAGGUCAGGACGAGCUUGCGGAGGGCAAGGUUCGGUUAAAGGUUUUAGGAACUGGGAAAGGUGGUAAGGAAGGCGAAAAGGAUGAAAAAGACCAGGGACAGCUUGUCUCGAGAGAGAAUUUGGUCGAGGAGGUGAAGAAGUUGUUACAAACUCAGACUCAGACUCUUCCGAUACGGUAG